AUGGCUCUCUUCCUAGCCGUCACAAUACUAUGGGCGCUUAUAUGGUUACUAUAUCGUGCAUGGCAAGUCUGCCAGACUCCGAAUGAAGUACUGGUCGAAAAGCUCGGCUUGGACAUCCCUCCGCCACCAGAGGUUACUCUAGAGGAGAUCACCGCCCGUGAGAUUCGCAUCGCCUGGAAACUGCCCGACUUUCACAAUUCCAUUCACAAGCAUAUUAUUCAGGUCAACGGCUCCAAAGUUGGUGAAUCGAAACGAGCGGAGACUGCGGUAGAAAUCUCAAACCUGAUCCCAGGAAGUAUAUAUCAUAUUUGCGUCUUUUCCAUCAGUGCGGCAAACUUUCAGACACCCAGCGCGGUCAUCCAUGUUCGGACGAAGCCUCUUCCUUUGUCGCAAUCUCAGCAAAAUGCCCCCGUUGGUAGCCCGACGAUUCGGGCCUCAAUCCCACGACCCACUGCCGGCUUGGUCGCUCCUUCCGCCCCUUUGAUGGCUCGCGAGCUUAGUGGAGGACAACUGCAAGGGAAACGUUCCUCUGCUGGACGGAAACAAUCUCCCGCGGCUAGCGGCGUCGACCUCUCGCACGGUCAUCCAGAGGAGACUCAGAAACACACCGCGCAUAGUGACAGCAGUGAGAGCUUGGAGCGGUUGGCCGACAGGUUGAAAUCUCUGCAGCAUGAGAAUGAAAAUGUGGAGAAGCAGGCGGCGGAGGAAGAGGAGGAGCAUAUCGCGCUUUUGAAAGAGCUUGAGAGACAGCGUGACCAGCUGAAGAAGCGUGUGAAGGAGAAGGACGAGGCCAGUGGCGAUUUGAAGAAGCACGUUAACAAGCUGGAGAGCGUCAAUCGAACCGUCCAAAAUGAAAAGGCCAAGCGUGAGAGACUUCUGCAGCAGAAAGAGACGGAACGGAAGAGGCGCAAGGAGGACAUUAUCCGUUGGCGUGAGGAGAUGGAGCGGAUGACUGCGGAGGUUGCGCAGGUCACCGAGGAGAAGGCUCGCAUGGAAGAGGAAGGGAAAAAGAGUGCAGACGAAGUUCGAGAGAAGAUUGCUAAGGAGCAGGCGGAGAUGAAAAUUCUCGAUGAUGAGAUUCAGGACAAAGGUGGACGUGUCAAGAAGCUUGAGGAGGAGCGAAAGCGUCAGCAGGGGGGAGACAGCGAGGAUGGGAGGGAGUUGGACCGCAUUGACAACGAGCGAGCAAGGCAGUGGGAGGUCAAGUUGAGCAAUCUCAAUGCGCGAUAUGCUGCUUUAGUCAAUCUUCACGCACAGGCUCAGCAACAGUACCAGGAGGCCCAAGAGCGCCUAAAGUGGUUGACCACCCAGCGACCGGGCAGCAGUGGACCGUUCACGCUGCCAGCUCUCGACCUAGACAUGUCAAAUACUGCGACUAUCCGUCCGCGCCGCCAUCGCAGCUCUCUCAACAGCAACGUCUCCUCCCCGAUGAAUUUUCCCGGCUUGGAACCAUCUUUCCCUGGCGGUGUCAACUUCAAUCCACCUUCCACCAACUCUCCUACAUUUGCUCCCACCUCUGCAUUCUUCAAUAUCAACAACGGCAUGACUCUUCCAGGUCUCUCGGACCAACAAGAUCCGAUGCGGGGGGAUCUGGAUCUUUCCUUCGGUAAUCCUCAAAUGAGUCCGCGGGCCGAUGCCCUGCUCCCGUCCGAUCUUUUAGGGGAUGAAGAAUCUCCCGAACCACCUCCUCCAAUAGUUCGACCUCGGUUCUCCAACCUAGAAUUGUCCGAAUCGCAGCUGGAAAGCUAUUCGCGCGGCCCGUCGUCUCCCGAGUCUGCAGGGGGAAGCAAGCCGGCUAGCAUUUUCGCCAGCCCCCUUGAGGAUCGCAAAGAGACCGAGUCCCAGUCUGCAAAUGUUGCUGAAUCUAGUGAUGCCCCUAAAAGCGCGACGAGGAGGCUAUCGGGAUUAUUUGGCUUCCAUCGUCCUCGUGGUAAAACACUGGCCGAUGAGCCGCCUUUGCUGGGCACCCUGAAAGCGGGACAGAGCCAAUCUUUCCCUAGGAAUUUGGACGAAAUGGACCCCAUCGGUUCAAGGCGUCGGCGGUUGAGUCAUACAGGCAACUGGGCCAAUCCGAUGUCGUUGCUUCCCAGGAGUAAUACUGCGGCUGUCACCGCAGACAGCUCUUCUGACCACCUGCCGUCGCGACGAGCAGGAUUUUCCAGUAUCUUCUCCCCCAGCCGAUUCGGUUUCGGCGGCGGUGGAAGCAGCAGUCUGUUGAAGUCGAGCGAGUCCUCUGAUCUCAGCACAGGUUAUAAUCAGUUCAGUCCCCGUCACGAUCCAAUCGACCCAGCAUCGAUUCUUGGUACUGUCCGACGAGGUUCACUGUCCCCGAGACCUUCAUCGACUUUCUCCUUCGAUAAUCAGCUUCCUCAUCCCUCCACGGAUAAUCGCCCUUUCGGAUGGCCCUCCGCUGAAAAGCCUGGCCACCGCAGCCUUCUCGGUUUUGAUUGGGCCUCUCCGUCCUCAUGGUCCAGGGCUCAAUCCCGUCGGCCAUCUAUUACGUACGGGUCCUCUGGUCACUUGCCCCUUGGGCUUACAGGUGAGCCUGAUUUUCCUCAGGAGUCUUUCGAACGCCAAGGUCGGCCGUUGCAAGCCCCAAUUGGUACACGGCCCUCCUCCUCCCAUCGACCAGUGACUCCAAAAUUGAAUCCCGCAGCACCCACGUUCAAGACCAUCUUCAGCAGAAAGUCCGACAAGGAUAAGGACAAAGAGAAAGGGAAGGAGAGAGAAUCCGAUAUGCCUUUUGAUUUCCACAUGGAGGAAGGCUCUCCGUCGGAGUCGCGCAUCUCGAGGGAUUCGCGUUCCCGGUCCUUGUCCAUCUUCACUGGAGAUUCGUAUGAAUCACUGGAGCGCAUGCCAUCAGCCACUUCUGCGGACAACAGCAACUCGAAGGAGUCGUUCAUCCGAAAGAUCACCCGAAAGGGCAGCUCGAGCAAAUUCGGUUCGUGGAAGGAACGCUCCGGCUUGUUUUCGAAGAAGGGCGAUUCGUCCCAGGGCGACAUCGACGAGGAUGCGAGCAGCGAGGCGCAACUUGCCAAAAGUAUUGACAGCACUGUCUCCAGCGCUCCGUCUGGCGACAGAUCGACCAGGAGCAGUCUGGGGUUUUUCAGCCGGAAGUCCAAGAAAUCCGACAAAGCUGCCAGUGAGACAAGUGAAAGGCCUAGCGAACUGGCCAGCGAGACUGGCGAUGAUGAAAUCGCCGAGGAAGAGGACGAAUCUUGA